UGGGCCAUUGCCGCGCUGCUCAAUCGGGCGCUUGACUGCCCACGACGCCCGCUCGCCCCGUCAAACUGACUUACAUUCUUCAACCUGACAUUUGCAGCACACUCAAACAAGCUGCUCGUAAGCCAGCCCACACGCGCCCGCAAAGCAGCAGCAGCCGACACCGCCAGUCAAAAUGGUGAACCAGGAUCCCGAGAACAUGCAGGAGCUGAACAAGAUUGCACAGGACAAGUUUGGCAAGAGCUUCGAGGAGUGCGACGCGCACGAGCGCAUCCAGGUGGGCGGGGUGAAGGGCGGCCAUGCGCGCGGUGGCCACUCCGCCGACCCCGACCGCGCCCCGCCGCCGCCGGAGGUCAAGUUCGGUGAGAACAACGAGUAAGCGGACUGGAGGCAACCGCAUAGCCCGAUGCCACUGCGUGUGGUGCGCAAGGAUGCUCUCUGACUGCGGGCGACCAGGCUGACGACGCACCUUGAAGGCGCCGCCAUGGCAUGAGGCAAUGAGUAUGGACCGUGGUGAAGCUGGUGGUGAAGGGCCGGCAUUAUUGUUGUGCGGACGCGUGUUCACAUUGACGGCUUGGCAAGUCGACUUCCCCCUGGACUCCCAAGACAACAUGGCGUUGACUACGGCAUUGCUUGACGUUGAAAGAUUGGCGCGGCCGCGUGGGGUCCCCGCACUGAGGGGUUUUAGCUUGGGAAUGCGUGUGUGCGUGUGUGGCUGCUAGGUGGCGUGGAGCUACGAUAUUGUUUCCGGUACGCGCUGGGACAGCGUUGGACGCCGUAAUAAAGGCAAGUUGGCACCGUUGCUCGCGUUCAUGUAUGCCCAACAUGGCGUAGCGCACACUCCUCCAGGCUACAGCCGUCGACAGGGCUCAUGAGCCUUUGGCCAGUCCUACCAGGGUGGGGUAGAAUGCUCAGAAUCUUACCCCAUACUCAAAAUCAUAGAUCGUUAGGAGAGCAUAAUUUACGCACUUGUAGUUAUGUCAGGAGCGGUCUGGUGAGGAAGUUCUGGCCCGCCGAAGUUAGGGUGUUGGUCGUCGUCCCUGGGGGUCCCUGGCGGAUUUCGGGAAGCGCCCCACAAGCAGAACUAGGGGCCAAACGCAGCAGUACUUGGCUCAAAUAUGCACGCUCUGCCUUAAUAAGCACAAACAUAGCGUGGGAGGGCCAAGUUACUCGUCCUGGCGUGGACAUGUUGGCAAAUGUCCCCACGUUCGACACAUGCGCACUGCCACGGCUGGGCUCUCAAGGCUGGUGUGCAUGCAUUUCAUGUCUAACAAGGCUGUCGAUGCUCACUGUCCAUUCGUCACGCGGCAGGGAGUUGAGCGCGGGGUGGGCUGGGUCGAGGAAUUUUCGCAGAGACCGAAGCCUUCGAUGCAAUCUCAGACUAGGGCUGCCGAUGGCACAGCGUGAUAGCGCUCGUUAAGAGGAGUCGAAUGGCGCCACUUUGGAAAUAAUUGGAGGGGGUUAAACCCGUAAAACAACGAGGUUUUGUCUGUGGGGGGAUCAGUCGUCCCCUCAAGGGGGGUCCCGGGGGAUUUCGGGCAUGGGGUCUGGCACUUUGUUUCCUACCCCCCCCCCUCCAAGGAAACGCAUGGACACGGU